CCAGGGGACCAGUAACCACCUGACGCUGCUGGGGACACGUGACCAUCACUAUGACAACAUGAUGCGGAUGUAUUCCAACUGUUCCGUGGUCCUGGAGAACCUGGAGGUCACCUACACCCAGGAGAACCACGACCUGUCCUUCCUCCGGUCCAUUCAAGAAGUGGGCGGUUACGUCCUGAUCGCCAUGAAUGAUGCAGCGACCGUCCCAUUGGUCAACCUGAGGCUGAUCCGAGGCCACGCCCUCUACGAAGGCCAGUACGCUCUGCUGGUGAUGUCCAACUACCACCGCAACAGCAGCUCAGCCAGCCUGGACUACAGCAGCGGACUGAGGAGCCUGCAGCUCAGCAACCUGACAGAGAUUCUGAAAGGGGGGGUAAAGGUGACCCACAAUCCUUUGCUGUGCAACAUCGAGACCAUCCAGUGGUGGGACAUCCUGGACAAAACCACUGUUCCCAGCGUCGUCGUCAAACUGGAGAACUAUCCACGCCAAUGUGAAAGCUGUGAUCGUGGGUGUGUUAACGGCUCCUGUUGGGCUUCAGGACCAGAUCACUGCCAAAAAUGUAAGAGCUACUGUGCAGAUCAGUGCAGUCGAAGGUGUCGAGGUCCCAAACCCAUCGACUGCUGUAACGAACACUGUGCAGCCGGAUGCACUGGACCAACCACCGACUGCCUGGCCUGCAGACUCUUUAACGAUGAUGGAACCUGUAAAGACGCUUGUCCUCCUCCGUUCCACUACGACGUCAACACCCACCAGGUCGUCUCCAACCCCAACGCCAAGUUCACCUUCGGGGCGACCUGCGUCAAAGCCUGCCCACUGACGCUCGUGUGCCGGACCUGCAGCAUCGGGAAGUAUGAGGUGAUGGAAAACGGCGUCCAACGCUGCAAAGACUGUGACGGACCGUGUCCUAAAGCCUGCGACGGCGUCGGCGUCGGCGCUCUGGUCAAAACCAUCGCUGUCAACGCCUCCAACAUCGAAUCCUUCAGGAACUGCACCAAGAUCAACGGGGACGUGUCCCUCAUAGAGACCUCCUUCACAGGAGACCGACACUACGGCAUCCCGGCCAUGGAUCCGUCCAAGCUGGAGUACUUCAGGACCCUGAAGGAGAUCACCGGUUUUCUGCUGAUCCAGUAUUGGCCGGAGAACAUGACGUCGCUGUCGGUGUUCGAGAACCUGGAGAUCAUCAGAGGAAGAACAACUCGCAGCGGUCACAGUGUGGUGGUGGUGGGGGCGUCCCACCUGCGCUGGCUGGGUCUGCGUUCUCUGCAGGAGGUGAGUGCUGGGAAGGUUCUUCUGAAGAACAACGCCCAGCUGUGUUUCACCCAACCCGACAAAUGGAGGCGCCUCUUCAAAACCAGCGCUCAGACCGUCUCCUUAAAAGACAACGCUCCGCCCGCACGCUGCCUUUUACAGAACCAGACGUGUGACAGUGAAUGCACCGCCGCCGGCUGCUGGGGUCCAGGUCCGUCCAUGUGCGUUUCCUGUCGACACUUUGACCGUAGGGGGCGCUGUGUGCAGCUGUGUAACCUGCUGGAGGGUGAGCCCAGGGAGGUGGUGGUGAACAGCAGCUGUCAGGAGUGUCACCCUGAGUGUCGUCUGCAGAGUGGAGUGGAAACCUGCCACGGACCGGGUCCAGACCAGUGUUCCCAGUGCGCCCACUUUAAGGACGGCCCCCACUGCGUCCACAGCUGUCCUCAGGGUGUCCUGGGAGACGGAGACCAGCGGGUGUGGAAGUACGCUGACCGGACGGGCCGCUGUCGGUCCUGUCACCAGAACUGCACCCACGGGUGUUCUGGUCCUGGACCGUCCGGAUGCAGCUCUACCCAUCAGUCCAUGCUGGCGGCGGGCGUGGUCGGCGGGCUCCUGGUCGCCGUCAUCGUAUCGCUGGUGGUGUUUGUGUUGCUACGGCGACGGCGGAUCACGAGGAGGAGGACGAUGCGACGGCUGCUGCAGGAGAGAGAGCUGGUGGAGCCGCUGACCCCUAGUGGCCAGGCCCCGAACCAGGCCCUGCUCCGGAUCCUGAAGGAGACCGAGAUUAAGAAGAUCCGGGUCCUGGGAUCCGGGGCCUUCGGGACCGUCUUCAAGGGUCUGUGGGUUCCAGACGGAGAAAAUGUGAAAAUCCCAGUCGCCAUAAAAGUUCUCAGAGAAGCAACGUCGCCCAAAGCGAACCAAGAAAUCCUCGACGAGGCCUACGUGAUGGCGAGCGUGGACCACCCUCACGUCUGUCGUCUUCUGGGGAUCUGCCUGACGUCGUCGGUGCAGCUGGUCACUCAGCUGAUGCCGUUCGGUUGCCUCCUGGACUACGUUCGCCACCACCGCCAGCGCAUGGGCGCCCAGUGGCUGCUCAACUGGUGCGUCCAGAUCGCCAAGGGGAUGAGUUACCUGGAAGAGCGCCACCUGGUGCAUCGGGAUCUGGCUGCGAGGAAUGUCCUGGUGAAAACUCCACACCACGUGAAGAUCACAGACUUCGGCCUGGCCAAGCUGCUGACGGCCAACGAGAGCGAGUACCACGCUGACGGAGGGAAGGUUCCCAUCAAGUGGAUGGCGUUGGAGUCCAUCCUCCAGUGGACGUACACCCACCAGAGCGACGUCUGGAGCUAUGGCGUCACCGUGUGGGAGCUGAUGACGUUCGGGUCGAAGCCGUACGACGGCAUCUCUGCCACCGACAUCGCCUCGGUCCUGGAGCGAGGAGACCGCCUCCCUCAGCCUCCCAUCUGCACCAUCGACGUCUACAUGAUCAUGGUCAAAUGUUGGAUGAUCGACCCGUCCAGUCGGCCCAGGUUCAGAGAACUGGUCCGGGACUUCUCCAGGAUGGCCAGCGACCCACAACGAUACCUGGUCAUACAGGGCGACCUCCCCUCUCCCACCGACAGCAGGUUUUACUCCCGCCUCCUGAGCGCUGACGACAUGGACGACGUGGUGGACGCCGAGGAGUACCUGCUGCCUUACAAAGGCGCCAGUAACCAUGACGACCGGCCCUGCGGCGCUACGAACGGACACGCCGUCAGAGGAAACAGCGUCGUCCUGCGUUACAUCACAGACCCCACGCUCAACCCGCUGGACAAAGACGACGUCAGCGGACACGAGUACAUGAACCAGAGUAUGAGUGAGACCAGCCGCAGCAGCAGGAUGUCAGACGUUCUGAACCCCAACUAUGAGGACCUGAGUCAGGCCUGGGGGGCCACGUGCCUGCCCCCCCCUCUGGAGGACCUGAACACGUCCGGACCCGAAUACCUGAACACGAUGCAGAGCUCGCUGGCUCUGGCCCCGCCCCCUAGCGACAGUCUCGACAACCUGGACUACCAGGCCCACUUCCUGCCGCAGACCGGAUCGGCUUUAACCCCCAACGGACAGUUCCUCCCGGCCGCAGAAAACCUGGAAUACCUGGGUCUGGGGGCUGCGCAUCAUGCCCCCGCCCGCUAGGGGGCAGCAGCACCCAGACCCAGACCCAGAACCGGCACUGACCGGACCUGGCUUUAAGCUGCUGACUGUAUUUAAGAGUUGAUUUGACACGUUUCCAGUGGAUGACGUGUUUUUGACCUUUGACCUGCUGCACUGAGGCCCUGAACCAAUGAAGAAUUCCCCUUACACCUCCAGAACACAAUUACCCAUGAUUCUCUUGUGGCAGAAGUGAAACUCUUUUUAUUUGUGUCAAACUUACCUUUGGAAAUGAACGGGGGAAAGUCCUGACUAUGUAAAUAACAAGUGGAGUUUGAAAGUGAGAACUGACGACGACGCAGACACUGGAAACAUGAACAGCCUUUUUAUUUGGAAUCACAGGUGAAUUUGAGAAAAAUGAUUCAGUGUUGGAGCAAAAUUCCCACCAAAACCUGUUUUACCAACAGGAAAUUUUUUAAAACCUCAUUCAAAUACUAAACAGAUGUGGGUCAGUGAUGAGUAAGAGUUGGGACGUUUGGAAGCGAUUUAAUCUAAAAAGUGGAUUAUUUUCCUUGAGGUGUUAGUUGAUCCAGUUCAGAGGAGGCAGGUUUUCUGCUGUUAUGAGUUCUGAAAACAGACGAUUCAAAACUAAAGGACGAUUAUCACCUAAAAGUGUCUGGUUCAAACCCCAGGCCCCGGCCACACCAAGACGGCUUCAGUCGUAUCUGCAGAAGUUUUGUUUCGCAGUGUUUCUUCAACUUUUUGAACAAACGCCCCUUUCCGUCAUCAUGAGCGCAUAAGCCCCCCCCCCCCCACAGAAAAAUAAAAGUGCAAUCGGGGUAUACAUUGCAUAGAUAAGGGGGGGAAACUACAGCCAUUACCACCAAAGACUGGGGCGUGGUACCAUGAUGUACCUUAUUGUGGAGGACCGGGGGGGGCAUAUGGAACACCCCCCAUCCCCCUCUCAGCUUCAAAGCCCCCCGACGGCAUCCCAACAAUAGAAACACUGUUUUAUCGGACAGGCCCUUCGUCCACAUGAAACCACCGUUUUCAGUCACUGAAACCACAACUUUUUAAACCAGGUCCCAGACUGGAUCCAUCUGAAAACGCUGGUUUCACGUCUUCGUCUGUACGACCAAACCAGACCAAACCAAACCAAACCAAACCACAACUUUUCUAAAACCAGGAUGUCAGAGAGCAGCAGCCAGGAGGAGCUAUAGGAUCAGACCGGUAGAACCAUGCUAGCUUUGUGCACACGCUCCACGUCUUCUACUCUGUUUUUUGCAAGAGCGUUCCAACGCCACCUACAGGCCUAGCAUUUGUACAACAUCGUAUUCAGCGGUUUCCAGUGGUUUCGUGCGGACGCAGAUACUUCCUGGUGGAACCGGUGGUGUCGGACUCUGCGUUGUGUUUUUUUAAGGACGAGACCUGCACGGAUAACUCUGAAGGCAGUCUCCGUUUAUUGUUUUUCGGCUCCUGACAAAAGUGACAAAGAUACAAAAACCUCUGGUCAGCGACCCCCUUAAAACAUGCCCCUCUCCCAUAGAGAUCCGGAACAAAAGGCUAAUCCUACUGUAAUGGACGUUUCUGUGUCCAGUGCGUGUUUGUCCGAUCGAUGUCCUGAUGUUCCAUCACAGGACGGCGUUUGUUCGGCUUUUCCUCAGCCUUCACAGGCCCCAUCACCGCCAAACUCACCAAAUGAAUACAAACACGACCUGACUAUCGACCAGGCACAAUUUGAUGUCCGUAUUCAAAUGUUGUGAGGCAUGCUGGGAGAUUUGAGCCCCUCAUGCUGUCGUACAAUGACACCGCGGGUACAUGAACCCUUUCAUGCAUACUGAUCACCACAGUGGACACUUGUGCAUCAUCCCAGUCACUGACAUUCAGACCAUUACUACAGCUUUGCUGUUCUUGAUAAACCUGAU